AUGGCAGCUGCCGCAGGCAUGUGAAAUGCCGUCAUCCGACGACAAUUCCCGUCCCUAUAUCGGCCAGCUGGCCAGUGCAUCAAGCCCCCACCACUCAGGAGGCGGGCGACGCUGUUCGGUCGCCUGGUUAAUCCGGUAAUCAGUUGGGUUAGUGGAUUCCAAACUUCCAGCGCAUACUCAAGGUGGAUUGGCGUCACAGCAAGCUCUCCAGCGCUUGGCCACCUUUGCUGCGCAUCCCUUCAACAUUUUUGCUUUGUCUUCACACCGCACCGUCAAACGCACCAUGGCCAAACAAUAAGCCACCCUCGCCCCGUAUGCUAGAGAACCACCAUUGAUCUCCUCUGACACCUGCUGCGCUUUUGAUUCUUUUUGCCUGUAUUCUUUUCUGCUUCUCGAGCUACGUCACAACCGACACGUCCAUCAUGAACGGCCACUUUGCGGCCAUCGGCAAUGGGCCGACGGCCAAGCAAUACGACCAUGGCAUCCAGGUUAUCGACGAAGACAAGUCUUUUAACACAAACCUCAAUGAUUACCUUACCGAAACCCACGUCGCUGAGUCUGGCUUCAACUACCACUUGAUCUCUGUCUUCGGAUCGCAAUCAACGGGCAAGUCGACCCUGCUCAACCACCUCUUUGGCACCCAGUUCAGUGUCAUGUCCGAGACGGAGCGACGCCAGACGACCAAGGGAAUAUGGCUGUCCAAGAACAAAAGGGACAGCGCAAACGGCUCGCCCAUGGCCGACAACAUCCUCGUCAUGGAUGUUGAGGGCACUGACGGUCGCGAGCGUGGUGAGGAUCAAGACUUUGAGCGCAAGAGCGCCCUGUUCGCCCUGGCCACCAGCGAGGUUUUGAUUGUCAACAUCUGGGAGCACCAAGUUGGCCUGUACCAAGGCGCAAACAUGGGCCUGCUCAAGACCGUUUUCGAGGUCAACUUGCAGCUGUUCUUGAAGGAUAGACAGUCCCAAACACGGUCCCUCCUAUUCUUCGUUAUCCGCGAUUUCGUCGGCAACACCCCCCUCGAGAAUCUGCGCACGACCCUGAUUACGGACUUGUCAAAGAUAUGGUCUUCCAUCUCCAAACCACAGGGCCUCGAAGACUCCAAGAUUGAAGACUAUUUUGAUUUUGCCUUUUCCGCCCUACCACACAAGAUUUACCAACCUGAAAAGUUCCUCGCCGAAGUAGACAGACUCGGCGCUCGAUUUACCACUGGCCAUCGCUCGACCAAGGACCAAGAAUUCGUCGGAGGCGUUUUCCUGCCAGAAUAUCACAGGAGAAUACCCGCCGAUGGCCUGUCAGUUUAUGCUGGAGGCGUCUGGGAUCAGAUUGUUAACAACAAAGAUCUCGAUUUGCCAACACAGCAAGAACUUCUUGCGCAGUUUAGGUGUGACGAGAUCGCCCGCGAGGUACUGGUCGGCUUCGACACUGUUAUCGCGCCUCUGGAGGAGCAGCAAGUGGAAGCAAUUCGUCUCGGCAAGCCUGCAGCGGUACUGGCGGAUCUCGGAGCUCAAGGCGCCGGAGCCCGCGAGAAGUGCAUCAAGGCCUUCGAGACACAGGCCAGCCGUUACCACAAAGGUGUAUACACGAUGAAGCGGGGCGAGCUCGAGAGCAAGAUAGAUACUAGGCUCAAAGCUCUGUACCAGGCUCAGCUGACAGCUGCUCAUAAGGCCGGCGUGGCUGCCUUUAGUGAGGCCGUGUCAGGCGCGGUCAAGGCAGGGCAAAAGGCGGGCGGAUCGUAUGAGUUCGCUGAGAUUGUGGCGAAGCAAAAGGCCAAGACGCUGCAAAUCUUCAAGACAGAGGCCAAGAGCCUGUCGAUUCCGGGAGUGGCCUGGUCGAACUUCAAGCCCCAGUAUAAGCUCUUUGAGAAGGAGCUCGAUGAGGUCAGCGCGCGGUUGCGCAAGGAGGAGAUGCGUCGUUUGGCCAUAAGGGUCGAGCGCUGGGUCAAGUCUCGCUUGGGCGAUGCCAUUGGUUUGGAAUUCAACAAGCUAGGGUCUGGACGGGGGGGUUCGGUUUCUCCUGAGGGUGGCGAGAAGCCAGCCACAGAAAAGGACCUUUGGGACCGGGUCUGGAAUGCCUUCAUUAGUAUUGUCAAGGAGGCUGAGACGAGAUUUGCCGAGAGAGCCAAGAGCUUCGAGGCCAGCCCGGAGGAGGUCGAGGUCGGUCUUUGGCGACUACGGCGCAAGAGUUGGGUCGCCCUGAGGGAGAAGAUCGAAGAAGAGGUGAUGGAAAGUAACAUCCUCAUGAAACUCCGCGAAAAUUUCGAGGACAAGUUCCGGUACGACGAAGAUGGCGUCCCGAGAAUUUGGCGCCCGACAGAUGACAUUGAAGGGAUUUAUACCAAGGCACGCGAGUCAACCUUGGGCCUCGUUCCUCUGCUGUCGCGGUUUAGACUGUCGGAGACGUAUGCGCCACCAGACCUUCCAGCUUUCAUCGGGGUCCAGCCUGCUGGCGUUGAGCCCGAAGACGAAGAAGACCUCUUGCCCAUUGGCGGCAUCGACGAGGAGGAAGGCAAAAGUCUCGAAGAGGAGACGACCGUUCUCAGUGAAAGUAAGCGGCAAGACCUGGUGGUGAGGUUUAAGAAAAUGGCCGAUGGAGUCUAUGUUGAAGCCAAGCGAAGUGCCAUUGGCGGGAUUACCCAGGUGCCCUUGUACUUCUAUGUUAUUUUGCUGAUUCUUGGGUGGAAUGAGAUUCUCAUGGUUCUGCGAAACCCUUUCCUCAUCUUGCUUAUUCUUGUCAUGGGCGGCGGUACCUAUAUCGCCUACUCGCUCAACCUUCUUGGGCCCAUGAUGCAGAUGAGCAACGCUGCCUUCAACCAGGCUGUUGACAUUGGCAAGGACAGGCUGCGCGACUUCUUGGUGAACAACGAGACAGCUAGACAGGCGCUUGCUGUUCCCGCACGGCAGAUGGGUGCCGAUAUUAGCCUGGACCGGCUGGAUAGCCGGGGUAAGAAGGCACAGGAUAUUUCAGACGAUGAUGACAUUUAGAGAUGGUUCAGCGGACGGAGCAAUUGGUUGGGGGAAUCGGGACCAUGAAGGUUACCUACAUGGCUUGGUUGUUCUGGUUGUUUGUUAUAUGCAGUCUUGUUGUCGUCUAAGAAGCGUUGUGCGUAGAAGCGGAUGCGGCAGGGUCAGCUGGUCAUGAUUUCAUGAUUAUGGUCCGCGACAGGAUCUCUAUGUAUAAAGUACUCAGAACUCCUUUGAACUCCGGUUUGCCCUGUUUCCCAGUGUAUUUCCAACCUUGAUCCUUAUAAUCUCAAAACGCCUCCAGC